AUGGGGGCGGUUUGCUCGGCCGGGUUUAGUGAUGGAGAGGCUAAAAAUUUGGGGUUUUCCGGGAAGCUAAAGAAGAGUGUGAACGGGCUGAAAGAUAAUUUUUCAUUCUCCGGUGAAAUUGACUCCCUCAGAACACCGCACAAGUACGAUUCCGGCGAGCUCCGAUCGUCGUUUUCGAGCGAGCUGAAACCGUCAACUCCGGCCAGGAGUGGAGCUGACAAGAUUUCGCAGAGGAACUCAUUUAUAGGGAGAGCUGGAAUUGCAGGCCUGGAGAAGGCAGUAGGAGUAUUGGAUACACUUGGCAGUAGCGUGUCGAGUUUGCAAACCAAUAGCGGUUUUCUUACCGGGGGUUCUAGAGGCAAUAGAAUAUCUAUACUAUCGUUUGAAGUAGCUAACACAAUCACCAAGGGAGCAAACUUGUUGCAAUCGCUUUCUGAAAAGAAUAUCCAGUUCCUCAAGGGAGAGGUUAUGCAUUCGCAAGGUGUACAAAAUUUGGUGUCCAAAGAUAUGAGGGAGUUGCUCAGUAUAGCUGCCGCUGACAAAAGGGAAGAACUUGAUCUUUUCUCACGCGAAGUAAUUAGGUUCGGCGACCUGUGUAAAGACCCACAAUGGCAUAACCUGAGUCGAUUUUUCACAAGAUUAGAUUCUGAGGAUCCAGGUCACAAAAUGCUAAGAUCAGAGGCAGAAAUGACAAUGCAGGAAUUGACCACUAUUGCUCAGCAUACUUCGGAAUUAUACCAUGAGUUUAGUGCUUUGGACAGAUUCGAACAAGAUUACAGGAGAAAGCUUGAGGAAGCUAAGGCCUUGCAUCUCCCUCUUAGAGGAGAAAGUCUGACAAUGUUACAAAGUGAAUUAAAACAACAAAGAAAGCUUGUGAGGACCUUGAAAAAGAAAUCUCUUUGGGCCAAAAAUUUGGAUGAGAUUGUCGAGAAACUUGUAGAUAUUGUUGCUUAUAUACAUCAAGCAAUAUCAGAAGCAUUUGGGGAUAAUGGUUUAACACUUGCGAAAGGGGAGAAGGGCAAAAGUCCUCAAAGACUAGGCGCAGCUGGUCUUGCAUUACACUAUGCCAAUAUGAUAAACCAGAUAGAUAACAUUGCGUCUCGACCAACCUCUCUUCCACCAAAUACAAGGGACAACUUAUAUCAUGGGUUGCCAGAUAGUGUUAAGAAAGCUUUAAGAUCCCGAUUGCAAACUCUUGAUGCCAAGGAACAGCUCAUGGUUUCUCAGGUCAAAGCUGAAAUGGAGAAGACUCUCCACUGGCUUGUUCCUGUUGCCUCAAAUACAAACAAAGCUCAUCAAGGUUUUGGGUGGGUGGGAGAAUGGGCAAAUUCUUGUACUGAGUUUGGGAAAAAUACACCCUCAGAAAGCCACUUGGUCCGCCUCCAGACACUGUAUCACGCAGAUAAGCAAAAGACAGAUGCGUACAUCCUUGAAUUAGUGACGUGGCUUCACCAGCUAAUCAACCUUGUAAGACAUUGUGAUCAUGGUUUAAAGCCCUUGCCUAUACGGUCUCCAACUCGUAGGGGACUGGACUUGCACUCCAAGAUGCAGCGAAUGCAAUCCAUGGAUUACAGUACAAAUAAGACCCGAAGAAUACAACUUUCAGAAGAAGAUAGAAAUUUGCUGGAUGAUGUUAUUGGGAGGAUGAAAAGGGUUCCUGGAAUUAGCAAGAGUCAGGAAUUUGCUAUGUGCAAGAAGAAAGGAACUAAAGCUUGGGCUUUGAGCAAGAGCACCGGAAGCUCCCCUCCGAGGGAAUGUAAUGCAAGGGGAAAGGAUCAGCCAAGAGCUAAUUGCUUGGAUGUCAUUGAUGGGUUAGGCUAGGUUCAAUUUUCAAACUUAGCCUCCCAUUUUUUCCACAACCAUAUGUCCAGUAUUCAAAUCGCGUUUCUUGUAUAUAUGUAUUUUCAGGUGAGUUAUUGGUUUAUUGUGUAUAUACAGCCCCUAAUACGGUGGUAGCUUUAUCUAUACAAGAAUUGGUAACUAGCUUGUUACUGGUGUCUUCCAUUUGGAUAGCUGAGAAGAGUGUUUAGCACAGUUGCCAAAAAUCCCAUGUAAACGUAAAAGUUCAGGUCUAUCGCCACAGUCGGCAGUUUAAUUUGCUGAUUACUAACUUUGAGCUAUAUAUUAUCUUGUGAAACAGUGAUGAAAUCACUGGUAUUUAAAUCCA